AUGAGAGUUGACUACAUCAAGGAGCAGGAGCUGGAGCUGGAGCUGGAGCUGGAGCUAGAGCUGGAAGGGCAGGAGCAGGAGCAGGAGCAGGAGCAGGAGCAGGAGCAGAAGCUGGAGCUGGAGCUGGAGCUGGAGCUGGAGCUGGAGCUGGAGCUGGAGCUGGAGCUGGAGCUGGAGCUGGAGCCCUAUGGAGAGAACAGCAGAGAAGAAGAGAGAAGAGAAGAGAAGCUAAAAGAGAUGAAAUUGAGAAGCAAGACUAUGGAUGAAGGACAGAUCAGAUCAGAUCAGAUCAGACCAGACCAGACCAGAUCAGAUCAGAUAAGAAAUUAA